GGUACCCGAGAAGCUGGGGUUGCGCGUGCCCCUUCCUAGGUCCUGGCAGCACCAUCCGGCCGAGGGGUGUCGUCAGUCGACCCGCUUGUUUUCGAUCGCGGAGAAGCCGGUGCGGGUGUUUUUAUUUUUGUUUCCAUCUUAAUUUUCUUAAUUUCCCACUUAUGUCGGCGGUGUGUAUGGCGACAAAGCGGCGAGCGAGGCUAACGAGCGACCAUCUCCUCCCCAGACCCGAUGGAAAAAAAUAAGUUGACCGAUCUAUCCUGGGGAAGAAGAGUUCGUUUUCCGCGCUCCGGGAGGAAGGAUAGCGAGUGCUGGUCAAAAUGAUCCGGAUUUCUGCAAGUAGACAGCUGCGGGGAUUGUGACAUUUUUUACAGGUGGCCUGAGAGCCGACAUUCAUCGGUUAAAACGGCGACGGCGACGGGCGCAGACAUCCUCCCCAUCUUUCACGCGUUUGUGUUUCGGCCAGGCAUCGUUUCUGCCCAGUUCGGGCACCGUACGCUUUGAGCUUUUUGUCACACGCGAGGCGAUUUUUUUGUCUCCAUCGUUUGCUUGCUGUUUGACCCUUAAGAAUAGUUUCCAAAAAAAACAAUAUUCCAGCUGUCUGGGCAGCAGCGAUUUACCCUCGCCAACAGCACGGCAACUUCUGCAAAACUGCGAGCUGCACUGGCGGCGGGCGGCGGCGGCGCGGGGUUUGACAAGAAGGCAAACAUGGGGGAAUUUAAAAGAUGAGCGUCUGAUCGUCCGGAUCCGGGCUCUCCUUUUUACUGCAGAAACCAGACGAGUUUCGCCGGCGGAGAGGGGGGAGGACCGCUGCUUUCCAACAUGAAGGAGGUCUAGGGCCGUGGAGUAUUUAUUUAUUGAGGGGGGGAGCGGGUGUGUUUUCUGUCGCAUCUAUAUUUCCCCCAUUUUUUUAUUUUACUUUUUUUUUUUAAUAGGCUGGGGAUAUUAUGCAUUUGCACAGUCUUGAUCGCGGCGGCGGCAUUUAAUGCAUAAAUAUUGUCUGCGUAAAAAUAAGGUAGGAAGUAGGUCAGAUCGCUGAAAUGAUUGGGCUGGCGUAUCAGCGAGAGUGAGGGGCUUCUCACAUAAUGAUGACAGUUGCCACGUUUGUUUGAUUUUAUAUUUUGGCAUGCAUUUAGUUUUUUAUUAUUAUUAUUAUUAUUAUUGUGUGCCAGGCCUUUUGUAGCCAAAUGACCGUUCGACAGCCACCUGCCUAGGUCCCGUCUCCCUCGCCACUCUCCAUCUUUCUUUCUUCGCUUGUAAAAUCUCUGAGGGAGAUACAUUUUACUCCUCAUCCUCGCUUUGUCGGGUGGAUGGCUCUGUGCGGGACCACGGCUAGCAACGCCGCCAAGAUGAUGGCCGCGUAUAACGGCGGCGCCUCGGCCGUGGCGGGGCACCAUCCGCACCAUCACCACCAGCUGCCGCAUCUCCCGCCGCCUCAUCUCCACCACCACCACCAUCACCCGGGCCAGCAUCACCUGCAGCAGCAACAACAGCAGCAGCAGCAUCCCCCCGGCUCAGCGGCCGCCGUGCACCCGGUCCAGCAGCACGCCUCCACAGCCGCCGCGGCUGCAGCGGCCGCCGCCGCCGCCGCCGUCAUGCUGAACCCGAGCCAGCAGCAACCCUACUUCCCAUCGCCAGCUCCCGGACAGGCCCCUGGACCGGCGGCGGCUGCAGCGCCGGCCCUCCAAGCAGCGGCGGCCGCGGCUGUCAAAGCUCACCAUCACCACCACCACCAUCACCAGCACUCGCACCACUUGCAGCAGCAGCUGGACGUGGAGCCCGACAGGCCGAUCGGAUACGGAGCUUUUGGCGUCGUAUGGUCAGUCACAGACCCCAGAGAUGGGAAACGCGUCGCCCUGAAAAAGAUGCCCAACGUCUUCCAGAACCUUGUCUCCUGCAAGAGGGUCUUCCGUGAGCUGAAGAUGCUCUGCUUCUUCAAGCACGACAACGUCCUCUCGGCGCUGGAUAUCCUGCAGCCCCCCCACAUCGACUACUUUGAGGAGAUCUACGUGGUCACGGAGCUGAUGCAGAGCGACCUUCACAAGAUCAUCGUGUCACCGCAGCCUCUCAGCUCUGACCACGUCAAGGUCUUCCUCUACCAGAUCUUGCGAGGGCUAAAAUACCUGCACUCAGCUGGCAUCCUGCACAGAGACAUUAAACCUGGCAACCUCCUGGUGAACAGCAACUGCGUGCUUAAGAUCUGCGAUUUCGGUUUGGCCCGAGUGGAGGAGCUGGACAAGUCACGGCACAUGACCCAGGAGGUGGUGACCCAGUACUACCGGGCCCCGGAGAUCCUCAUGGGCAGCCGGCAUUAUUCCAAUGCCAUCGACAUCUGGUCCGUGGGCUGCAUUUUCGCCGAACUCCUGGGCCGACGGAUCCUCUUUCAGGCCCAGAGUCCCAUCCAGCAGCUGGAUUUGAUCACAGAUCUGCUGGGGACGCCAUCGCUGGAGGCCAUGAGGACGGCGUGUGAAGGGGCCAGGGCUCAUAUCCUCAGGGGACCCCAUAAACAGCCAUCACUUCCUGUCUUGUACACCCUGUCCAGCCAGGCCACCCACGAAGCAGUGCACCUCCUGUGCAGAAUGCUCGUGUUCGACCCGUCGAAGCGGAUCUCUGCCAAGGACGCGCUGGCACACCCCUACCUGGACGAGGGUCGGCUGCGUUACCACACCUGCAUGUGCAAGUGCUGCUGCUCCACCUCAUCCGGGCGCGUCUACACCAGCGACUUCGAACCCGUCACCAACCCCAAGUUCGAUGACGGCUUUGAGAAGAACCUCACCUCCGUGCGGCAGGUGAAAGAGAUCAUCCAUCAGUUCAUCCUGGAGCAGCAGAAGGGUAACAGAGUGCCUCUGUGCAUCAACCCACAGUCUGCAGCCUUCAAGAGCUUCAUCAGCUCCACGGUGGCCCAGCCGUCAGAGAUGCCCCCGUCCCCCCUGGUGUGGGAGUAGCCCCGGUGGAUGGCCAGCACACCUCUCCCACGCGCCCGACUACUGAGGAACUAGGAGUCCGAAAACCUACGUAGCAUUUCACUGGAGUCUAGGACUAGCUGUGUCGAUAGUGUGUACUGUAACCUUAACUAAUGAAGUUUUCAAAGAAUCAACCACUGCUGUGCGCGGGCAGGGCCGGGGCCCGGGCCCGCCGGCGGGGUCAUGUGUGCGCACGUGCGUGCACUCGGACGUCCGGGCUGGCGCCGGGCCGUGGCGGCAGUGGCGGUGCCUAUCACGUGCCCGUGUGGUCAGCAGCAGAAGUGGGCAACCGCCGGGGUCUCGGAAUGUACCGGCAAGGGCGGGGCUGGAAGGCGAUGCUCACGGGGCCACAGCAAGGAGGCGUGGAACACAAUACCUAACCACCACGCAACCCCCCCCCCCCCCCCCCCCAUGAUGCUUAAUAGCCUGUCAGUGGGGCCGCGGCCUGGCUGUGCUUUUUCUUUUGUUGUGCAGUGCUUACCCAUCUGUUUUUGCGGACUCUCCCUGUCCCCCCCCCCCCCCCAACCCCCCCAGGACAGAAAGCCAGUAUUUGCUGGAAGGGCCUGUAUGUUGUGCAAUGGUGCUAGACUCGGAUUUGACUGGCACCUCCAGCAGCAUGUCAGUAUUAGUAGGCCUUGGUCAGCCGGGGGCUGAGAACAGAGUGCUGGGGGGGGACAUGGGAAUCCGCCUGCCUGCAGAUUCAGGGGCUGUUCAGGGGCCACUGUGGGGCAAGCCUGCUUAUUUUUUUGUUGUUUACUUUUAAUAAAUUAUUUUCAGAACCGGCUUUUGGCCAAAGUGGCUAAAAAUGAAGAACUUUACAGGGCAAAUCGGCAACGACGACCCCCCACCCCCACACACACACACACCCUCCCUCCCACCCUCCAUGGCAGGGCAGGUGUACCAGGUGUCUGUCUUUAAUGGAGAUGGGGGUUCUUCAUAUAAAGAUGCCGAGCAUUAGGGAGUGGGGGUGCAUCUGCGGUGCCUUCCCUUGUCAGCUGUUUGCCGCCCCCCCCCCCUUCUUUUGGGAGCACCGGGUGGGAAUGGGAGCAUAUCCUCUAGGUGCCCCGUGAGGGCAUUGCACGGAACGUCACUAGUGUGAGGCGAGGCCGAGUUCCUGCCAUGUUUAUCUUACGGACGAUGGCAAACCAAAAGAAGGAUGCGAAAAAAGGAGAGAAGAAAAUGAGAAAGAGAAGACAAGAAGGAGGCUUUAGGCCAUAAUUCAUUUUAGAAGGUUGACUGAAGUUUCCAGACAGGUUGGCCUGUUUCCCGCUGCCGGGCUCUUGCACCGGCAGCUGUGGAGCCUGCGAGGUCUCGCUGGUGUCGGCAUCAGACAGGAAGUGGUGUUCCCGCCCUUCCUGUAGCCACACCUCCCCUCCCCCCCAAAGCUGUGCUCUGGGGUACAGCUUCCAGAGACACGCAUUUCCAUAUGCCGUCGUGGCAACCUGAGAGAUUCUACAUUGACGACGGUUGCCAUCACGACGUGACAAACAGCAGCUUAAUCCGAUCUGCUUACACACACACACACACCUGAACCACUUGUCUGCACCUGCUCAGAAAAAGCCUGAAAAUAAAACUAUUUAAUAUAUUUUUAGAUUAUUUUUUAUUUCCUUUUAUCAUAUGGCAUGCAUUUCCAUGAUCCACAGAAUAUGUGUACAUAAGUGAUAAAUUAGUAGAUUAAAUUAAAUCAUAGAAUCAAAAUCGUAAAAAAAAACAAAAAAAAGUCGGACAGAAUACUGCUGUAUAGAACAUAAAUUAGUCUGCACAUCUGUUAGGGCUGUGAAUUUGAUUUUAUUUUUGAAAACUUAUAUAUAAUGUAUAAAUAUCUAUUUUCUUUUCUUUUCGUUUUUAUUUUUCCCUGCACUGGAAAGUGUUUAAAGAAACAAAUCGGAAAAACUUUUGAGCAACAAAAGAAAAAACAACCAAUAAUCAUCCUGUGUACACUGCCAAGCUGUUGAUUCGAGUUUCGAAGUAGAAGCUGUUCCCAUUGAUCUUAAUUUUUUUAUUUAUUUUUUUUUGCUUUAUCAUGUUAUUAUUGAUAAUAUAAUUAUUCCUAUUUUUAGUUUUCUCCUGGUUUAGAAAAGAAUGAAAAAAAAAACACUGAACUAUUGUGUGUAUAUGUAUAUAAUGGAUUCAAAAUGCUGUUCUCUACCUCCUGAGCUCUAUAACUUGGUUGUUUACCUCCGUACUCAGAAACUUGAAUGUCCCUUCCAGCUUUUAUAUUUAAAUCACAGAGCAUUUCCCCUUACCCCACACCCCCCUCCCCACUUGUACAAUGAAACGGAUUGCAUUUGGGCCAGUGGAGGGGGCAGCAGGAACCAGUACUUUCUGAAAUUGUACUUUUGACCCAUACAUUCUGGACUGUUAAUUAUUACCGUUCGCAGUCCAAAACGAGAAUGACCCUCCACCUCCGUGGCCCAGAGGGGGAGGGAAUUUGGCUGUGUGGAGUUUGUGAUUUACCCCCCCCCCACCCCCUCCCUUUUUAUUUUCAUUUUAUGUUUUGAAGACUUUGAAUUUGAAGGAGGGUCCAAAAACAUAAGUCUCCUGUGGGGCAAGCAGACGGGAAAACGAACCGUCGCUUGGUGUGAAAGAUGAGGUCUGCCACUUUUCUUUGGACAAAAUGUGAACUGGUACUUGUGCUAUCAAAGGUUUUUAUAAAACAUUUAAAGUUUAUACUCAGAGGUAAUGUUAUUUGAUUAUAUAAUACAUUUUAAGAUGUACAAAUCCUGCUUUGGUCAGCCAGAAAGCCAGAGAAAGAAAUGACCUGUUUUCCUGGGAUGUUUUACUGUGGUAAAUAUCACCGGAUGCUUUCUGAAAAUGUAGAUUUGAAGUACAGUGGUGAAACUCAUUAAAUGUGACAUUUAAAGAAA